AUGGAUUACACUAAUCUGUAUUGUAAUUGGCGAACUUUAGUUACGCCUUUCAUUGUAACAAUAUCGGAUAGCUCCACAAAUGGAAAAGUUAAUGAAAGCUAUUCCACGUUGUAUUUGUUUUCUUUUUUCUUUUUCUUUUAAUCUUCGUUUCACCAUAACGCAAAAUGAGAGAGUAUUAUGAUUUUUCUUCACAUAGAUACUGUCUAAUUUUUGAGUUCGAUAAUACAAGCCUAAAGGCCUCAAGCAUGGAUAACGCAGACCAUAAUCACGACUGGGUUAAUGAUUUAAAAGACCCAAUUGAUAUCCCUUCAAUACUAUACAAUACUACUACUGGUAUUGUCGCAUCUAGAGGAAUGUCAGCGUUAGAAAAAAUGGAGUCCCAAGAGAAUCAACAAGAUGAGUAUUUUGUGCAAAACGUUUUUAUGGAGCUGUAUGGCGUAUUUUGGAGAAUGCAACAAGAACAUUAUGAAGCAAACAUAUACGACAGUGUUAUAAAGCAAGAAGCUGUGAAGUUCUUACAAGAUGAAGUGAGCGAUUGGGAAAAAUCUUUGAAAAGUCCCAAGUCAGACUUUUACUAUGCAUUUACCCUUCCAACAGAUUGGAAUGAAGAUAUACGAGAUAGUAUCUUUCGUCCUCUUUUUAUACAAGCUGGUCUUAUCGCUGAAGAAGAUCAUGUUGAUAGGCUGAUUUUUUUUUCCAAGAUAGAAUCCGUGUUUCGGAUUAUUCAAUCGACCAAUGAUUAUUCUUUUGGAAAAAUAGAAAUACAAACUGGAAAGCAGUAUGCCAUAUGUUCGUUAGAUUUCGAUGGUCAAGUUUGCAUAGAUCUGGAAUUAUUCUCAGCCCAAUAUCCUUCAUUAACAUCAAUCGACAACAAGUAUAUCCCCCAGCCAUUAAAAUCGUCCAAGUUUAAAUUCCCUUUACAACAUAAGGAAACCAGAGAGUGGGUAAAAGAAAGCUUGGAAAAAAGGUGUAGUACAAUAUUGACACCCGAUUUUAUUGACAUGAUGACAAUUGAGAGCUAUUUCGAUCGAUUUUCACCAGAACAAGACAGGAAACAUAACCCUGACAGAUGCUACUAUGAGGACAAUCAGCCAGAACUAUUUGCUAAUACACCUUAUCAAAAGUUUUUCGCCUAUCGGCCCUUCAAGGGGCUAGAAGAUAUACGUUACGAAGAGUUUAAUUUAAAGCAGGACGAAAUUAAAGCUAUCGAAUCCAUGACUAUAAAUGAUAUCUAUAUGGACUACCCUAAUUAUGUGAAGGAGUUUUUCAUGUACUAUAUACAUGCUUUUUUUCAGGACACAACCGGGACAAAACUUUCGGGGUUGUUCAUUUUGUAUACAGAAGUAUAUGCGCGAUAUAAUGAAACACUAGUGUUACUGAAACUUAUAGAGAGGUGGCUAAACGAUUACGGUGAACAUCAGUCUCUUUAUAAAUUAAUGUCACAUGAUGGCGAUGAUGACGACAAAAACGUCAGCUUCAGAUUAACUUUGUUUACAAGAACUCAAGGGGGUGAAAAACUAGUACAAAAGAGAGUCAGAGAAUACAACAAACUCAGCGAUCCAAAAAUACAGCCACUGGACUCAAAAACAGAACCGUUUAGGCCUGUACAUUGUAUUUAUAUAGACUUGUUGCCUACAACUGUGAACUUGCAGAUUACCCACACGGGAGAUACCGGCCAUAUAAAGAGCACAACAGGAGAUUAUCAAUGUGAUAUACAGCCAUUAACAAACUUUAUCUCGCAGUCCAACUUGUACGAGAGAUCAGCACUGUGCAUAACGAAUAGGAUGAAAUUAUAUAUCGAGACUAUUUUUGGUGAAUAUCUCGUAUUGUGCUCAGACCCAGAUAGAACAUCAAAUAUUAUAAGUACAUUUGUUCAUUCUAAAACAAAAAUAAUUGAGAAGCUUUUGAGCAAGGUUGACAUGCAUGAGAUGUUUUCUAAAACAAUUGCACCUACUGCCUCCGACGGUAAUAAUUCCGUAAUUGUUUGCCACCCCGGAUACUUCUUUUUCUUUAAGAUAACGUACCUAUAUUAUCUCAACAAAAUUAUAGAAGACAAAUUGGACAUUGCUUUUGGAAACGAAUGGAAGAACAAGAAUACUGCGUUUGUUUUUUCGGUUGAAAAGAAGUUACUGGAUGAUAUGUUUGACUCAAAAGAAACGCUACAUAAUCUGCUAUUUUCAAGUGGGAUACUAAAUAAUAAUAAUGGUUUUCGAAAAGCUGAAAUAUGUACUUACGGCGAAGAAAUUUUACCUGCCAUUCAACAGAAAUUAAAAGACGCUGAUUUCAAGAUGAAAUCGUACUUUGUUGUUGCACAGUUAAAUCAAAAGCAUAUUCAACUCACUUUACAUCAAGUUGUUAAACUAUCAACACCUGCCGAGGAUGCUGCCACCAUCAUUAUCCAGGAUGAAAUACUACACAUAGAGGAUGUAUAUGACACCUUAUGCAAAAACAUUUGGGCGGCCUUAUUAUCUAGCAACCGUAUUGAUUACUGUCUAAAGCACAAGAAUAAGGGUGAUAAUCCUCACAGCUUAAAUUCUUCAGAAGGUUACAAGGCUAUUUACCAGAGGUUAAAAAUUUAUUUGAUGGAAGCUCUGAGCUUGAGUCAUACAAGUAUUGACAUGGAUUAUAAUUACCAUUUAAAAAUCACGGAAGAAUGCCCUUGUACAAUUGUUCUUUUUUUUCGCGACAUCAUUGAAAUGGGAAUUAGGUCAGUCAUAAAAUCUUUAGUAACAACCAUAGCAGCUUCGGCGAUAAACACAGCACUGUUCGGCCAUUACGAAGUGGAAUUUAUGUUUUUGUUAGGGGAUCCAUUCAACAUUUCGUCCUUCUUGUCGACUUAUUAUAUAUAUACCGCGAUAGUCCAACAAGAGAUCAAUAUUUCUAUCGAGCUGAAGGCAGAAUAUAUACAGGGUUUUGCUUUACAAGAAUCGCUCUGCCAACUAUUAAAUCAGACAACAAGUAAAAGUCCACACAUGCAUGACAGAUUCAUCAAAGGAGUUUUGAGCCAGAUAUGCACAGAUACUUACGGGGUACGAUUUGUAGCUGCAGAUGAGCAUUACCCUUCGUUCAUAUGUAUGGAUUGCAGCAAAGACGACGAGAAAGUUGUUGUAAAGGAUGGUAACUUUCUGGUAAUUCAUCAAAAAGGGGAGUCGAUUCCGAUAACAGGAUUGGCGAUAAAAUUAAAACUGCUCAUUGAGGAGGACAGCAAUAUUGAAAGCUAUAAUGAAUGGGACCCCAAAAAUAGAGUAUUCGCUGGUACUUAUAAUUCAGUCGAUCUUUUUUAGAUGCAACCCUAACCCCGAAUUAUAUUAUUUUUCAGAAUUUAUUAGAGUGCAACAUUCAAAUGACACUGUUAUAGGUAGAUAUACACUCUUGGGGGAUAAUUCGGAAGGUCCCAAAUGUAUAAUACAUAUCAGUGAUGAAAGGAGCAAAGAUCAGCCAGUCAUAAUAGACUUUAAACACGCCAACCAUGAAUAUACUUUACACUUUACGGUGAGAAUGAUGGGUUAUUCUACCAUUUAUCAAAAUCAAAACUGUGAUAUGUAUAAUAUCAUAGGGCAGCCGCUAACACUCGCCUACAUUUAGCUUGUACAUAAAAAUAAGUUGUUAAUUCUACUUUAACAGCAAUUUUAUAGUUGAUAAUAUAGUAAAAUAAAGUUUUUUUGAACCAAA